AUGAUGAUACAUCGUCAAGCAUUCAUCAUUUUCGUUAGCAUCUUGACAGUAACAAAUUGUCUGAUCUGCUGUUUUAACUGCUACUGUCCAUAUCCAGGUGGAACAGGAGCAGGUGGUGGUGGAUUAUCGUUCAUUUAUCUCAUAUUUCCGAGCUAUGGAUAUGGUGGAUUGAGUAAUCUUGGAGGAUUGGGGGCAAGCUAUGGACCAGCAGUGAAUGGUUUAUGUCCGAUUGGUGUCAACAUCGGUGGACAAUGUUAUGCAGUGGGUGGUUAA